GGAGUUACUAACCAUGCUUGAGUUCAUGUAAACAUCCAAUGCAAACAAAACCAAAACAUCCAUCAUCAAAACCAUGAUGCUGGGGGAGACCCACCGUGCAAAUCCCACCGUCCACGUGCCUCCGUGGCCGCUUCAUCACGAUCCAACGCCGGAGAUCUUUUCCCCUUUUGCCGCCAAUACCGAUUACUCUCCGUACUACUUGCAGGAAGCACUCACUGCGCUUCAGCUCUAUGUUCCCUCCAACGAUACCGAUGCCGAUUCCGACUCGGAGUUUCCGAGUCGUGAAUCGGAUGUUCUGAUGGAUGCAUACUCCUGCGACCAUUUUCGCAUGUUCGAGUUUAAGGUCCGAAAGUGCGCACGUGGUAGGUCACAUGACUGGACGGAGUGCCCUUACGCUCACUCCGGCGAGAAGGCUCGCCGUCGCGACCCGAGGAAGUACCAUUAUUCCGGCACCGCGUGUCCCGAUUUUCGCAAGGGGAAUUGCAAGAAGGGUGAUGCAUGUGAGUUCGCGCAUGGUGUGUUCGAGUGCUGGCUCCACCCUGCGCGCUACCGUACUCAGCCAUGCAAGGACGGAACCAGUUGCCGGCGAAGGGUGUGUUUCUUCGCCCACACGCCGGAGCAACUCAGGGUUCUGCCUCAGCAGAGUCCCCGGAGUGCAAACUCGGCCGAUUCGUAUGAUGGGUCCCCUCUGAGAGCCAAGAUGCUUCCCUUCAUAUCUUCUCCCUGUUCGGUCUCCCCGCCGGUGACGCCUCCGGCGGAGUCUCCUCCGAUGUCACCGAUGACUCUAUCACUGAGCCGUUCUAUGGGUUCGAACUCUGUCAAUGUGAAUGAGAUGGUGGCUUCUAUGCGUAAUUUGCAACUGGGUAAGGUGAAAUCAUUACCCUCUUCCUGGAACGUUCAAAUGGGGUCUCCUGGUUUUGGAUCACCGAGGGGACCCGUGAUCCGACCCGGAUUCUGUAGCCUCCCCUCGACCCCUACACAGCCACCGGUUCGUGGUGGUGUUAACUAUUUCGAUCUCUGUGAUCAGAGUUGUGAGGAGGAGCCUGUGAUGGAGAGGGUUGAGUCAGGAAGGGACAUACGGGCGAAGAUGUUUGAGAAAUUGAGCAAAGAAAACUCUCUGGGAGGAUCGGGUUCGGUUUCGGGUCAAAUGAAUGGAGCUCCGGGUGUUGGCUGGGUUUCGGAGCUGGUGAGUCCCUUCUUGGGAUGAUGAAGAUGGUGAACCAUCUUGGGUUGUUUUGAUCCGCUUCCCUGGUUUCCCCUCCUUCAGUGUGUAUAGAAUGCGAGGACUCAGGGAAAAGAUUAAUACAAGAUUUAUUUUGGAAGCAGCAACUUGUAUGUGUGUAAAUAUCUUAUUGGUGAAGUGAAGUGAAGAGUAGAAACUCUUUUUGGGCAGUUUUCUUGGAAAGUCAAGACAACAAAGAUGAUUUGCGAGAUAAAAACUAUCCUAAGCUUUUGUAUAGUGCAAAUUCAAACAACAAUCCCUUGAAUGAAUGUGUUUCAAAUGGAUCGAGAUGAAAUGCGAUGUGGAAAUCAGGGUGCAAGUCACGGGGCAAAAUCCAGAUGUCCAGAAUCCUGAUAAACAGCAUGCUUGUGGCAAUUGCAGGUGUU